AUGCGAUAUGUAAUUAAACAAAUUAUAUUUAUAUCGCAACUAACAAGUGUUUGUAUCGCAAUUAACUGUGUAAAUGGUUGUAUUUUGUCUCCGGCAUUCUUCAAAAAUCCCAAUGUAAUAACGAUCCCGAAGGAAUACAAAACCGUUUAUCCCUCCGAAAUAGAAGAGGUUGAAAAUAUAAUAAAAAUCCAUGAUCUUGGCAUAGGCUACGAUAAAAUUGGUCGAGCCCAUCCACUGUACAAAUUCCUACAAGCAGAGCGCAAACGUAUAAUCAAGUUGGAUUUUGAACAGAGGAACCGCAAUUACUACGCAGAACUUAGGAAGUAUGCUGAAUUAAUCCACUCUGUCAAGAAUGGAACAUUUCAGUCUGUGUUUAACAAGGAACAAAUUGAAGCCUAUAAAGAGUUAUUUGACAAGAUGAGCGAAGCUUGCCAAAGUAUAUAUGAGGAAAUGGAUGAAAUUAUGUCAAAUAAUGAACUAUCAAUGGAGGAAAAAACUGAUAUGCUUGCAGAAUUGAGACUUGAUGCCGAGGCUAUACAUGCCGAUGUUUUUGAGCGUAACAAAAGCAAACUGGAAAGGACCGGGGCAUUAUCCGUUGUGGAAUCGAUUAUACCAAAGGAAAUAUGCUUGUGGGACACAAGACAACGCGAUCCUAGAAGGGCUUUUUUUGACCUACCACCAAAUGCAAAAGUUGAAGGAGAUGUUGUUUGGGAUUUCAAUACACUGGGUGGAAAUAGGGUUAAAGGCGAAAGAUUUUGGAAAUUACAUGAAUUGCCGAAAUUUGGGUUGAAAAAGCGGAAGAGAUUGGGUAGGGGUCAUGGGUCAGGUCAUGGUGGGAGUUCUGGCAGAGGUUGCAAAGGCCAAAAACAUAGGAGGGGGAGAUACUUGAGGAAAGGAUUCACUGGUGGUCAAUCGCCUUUGUACCGCCAAUUGCCAAAAUAUGCUGGCCGUCCUGUCGGUAAAGGGCACCGUUAUAAUCGCUUAAAAUAUCAGUUGAUAAACAUUGAUCUGCUAAAUGGAAUGCCUGAGGGUAGCAUUGUGGAUUGGAACAUUUUGGAGCACAAAGUGGGUGGAUUGGGGAGGUAUAAAUUCAAACAUCCCAUAAAAGUUGUUGGAGGGAAGAAAAAGUUUAUUGAUGGGAAAGCAGUUAAGUCUCCGGGGCUAACCGUAAAAAACUUGAUAGUAAAGGCCCACGCGUUUUCUAAACCUGUUGCUAGGGAGAUUAUCGCAAAUGGAGGUAAAUGCUUGUUGCUAAGGCCCAAAACAUUGGAUAUUGUGGAGGAAGAGUAUGACCCAAGGGCGCCGCUGCCCUAUCGAUUUAUGUUUUCUGGAAAGCCUUCAAGGCGUGAAAUUUAUCGCAGGAAUCUGCUAGCAAAAUUAAGAGCCCAAGAUGCCCUUGAAGCUAAAGAGGCUGAGAGUAUGACUGCUUAUGCUAAUUUAUAA